AGUCGGAGCUCGGCCAGGCCCCGGGCGCGGGCGCGGGCAAUCAAUGACUCUCUCACUCUGCUGCUAGCUGCGAGGCGAGGCGGGACACUGGCCGUGAUAUUACCUGGGCAGUGGCUUUUCCAAUGCCUUGAGCAGCUGCCGUCACUACUGCAACCUUUCCAGCUAAACGAGACAUUCUCUGACCUCUUAAACCAGACUAAGUUACAAUAUUCGAGACCCUCCUCCACUUUUUUGGGGGCAAGCAGAAACUUCUUAGUCUUACGUCCACGUGACUUGUCACGUGAUCGCGAUCGCUAGAACUUCAUUAUUACACAAGGAAAGUGCAUUGUGACUGCACUGCAUGCACUCCUUUGCAUCUGCUUUCAGUCCCAUAAACUAUCAUCAAUUUCUCGUGUUGCAACGGGCUACAAGUACAACGCUGCGUUACAUUGGUUGAGCUAUCUAUUUUGAUUGAAUCAUUGCCGUGUGGCCUUGCUGUUGUUGUUUAAGAUAAAGUUAAGAAGAUAUUAAAACAUGGCUCUACCUGACCACAGAGUGAUUUCGAUUCAAAGUCAUGUUGUCUCGGGAUAUGUUGGAAACAAGUCGGCUGUUUUUCCUAUGCAGGUUUUAGGAUAUGAAGUUGAUGCGGUCAAUUCCGUCCAGCUAUGCAGCCACACUGGCUACAAACAUUUCCAAGGUCAAGUCCUGAACGAUUCUGAUUUAAAGACUCUCUUUGAAGGCCUGAAACUGAAUGACAUUCAUCGAUACUCACAUCUCCUUACAGGCUACGUGGGAUCAGAGUCCUUCCUGUACGAGGUCAUAAGAACAGUUAAAGAGUUAAAAGAAGCUAACUCUUCCAUCACCUAUGUGUGUGAUCCGGUGCUAGGUGACGCUGGUCAGUUCUAUGUGCCCAAGGAACUGAUGCCGAUCUACAGGGAUCAACUCUUGCCUCUAGCUGAUAUCAUUACUCCAAACCAGUUUGAAGCAGAGUUGUUAUCGGGUGUAACCAUCACUAAUCAAGAGUCUGCUCUGAAAGCUCUAGGUAUCCUUCAUGAUAAGGGUGUUGCGACAGUUGUACUGAGCAGCUAUGAAGCUGGCAAUGAAGAAACGUUAGUCACCCUUGCUUCAACACGAAAAGGAAAUGACAAGAGAGUGUGUCGUCUGGAGUUCCCCCGUAUGAACUGUAUAUUCACCGGGACUGGUGACCUAUUAUCAGCUCUCUUACUUGUAUGGACAGAUAAACAUCCAGAUAAUUUAUUGCUUGCCUGUGAGAAAGCUCUGUCUACAAUGCAAGCAGUCUUGAAGAGAACAUUGGAAAGUGCACAAGCUCUGGCAGGACCAGGCAACAUGCCAUCACCAGCCCAGCGGGAACUACGUCUCAUCAAUUGCAAGAAUGUUAUAGAAAAUCCUCCAACUCUCGUCCAAGGAAAGUACCUAGAUCUUUGAUGACAAUUUUUAUCCAUUUAUUCAGUAAGGAAGAUGAUUUUAAUGAUUUAAAAGUGAAAUAUUUUUAUAUGGAUGUGUAAUAAUGCCCCUCAAAAUUUUGAGUGGUUCAAUGUUAGUGAAGAAUUUGAAGUCUCUUGUUACUCUAUGGUAAUAUGUGCAUGGGUAUUAUAUGUGGCAGUCUUCUUGAAAAUGUUAGGAUUCAAGAGAUCCAAGAUGUUUAUCGUCUGCUUACAUACACACAAAGUCAUUCUCCUCUGGCAAUGAAUUAAAGUGACGGAAGUUAAAAUAAAACACUUUCUUCAUAAUAAAAUGUGCCUAUUUUAAAGUGGGACAUACGUAUUGCAUAUUGCACUGUGCUGGGAUCAAAAGACCCUGUACACAAAUAUUUAAAGCUCUUUCUGCCACUGAGAAUAUAUUGAAAGAUGAAAUAAAUAUUUUUAUAUUUAAAAAAAUAUGGUAUAUUGUGGCAAGUAUGGUUUACUAGAGGUAUUAUGGUUUUAGGCUGUCCGUCCAUCUCGUUUCUGUUCUCAUAAUGAUUAAAGAACCGUUUGAAGGAUCAACUUCAACUAAUGGAGUGAUAGGGCCUAUGCGCUAUACAAAAGCACCAUACUAUUAUGUAUGAAAUUAUAAUUCUUCAUUUGAACUAUUUGUAAUAUACUUUGAAAUAUGAAAUGGAAUCGUUCUUGUACAGGCUUUUAUCAAAGAUGUAUUCAUUGAGUGAGACUUUACAUUAUGAUUUUUUUAUAAUGUUUUGAGGGAAUUACAUGUAUGUAAUUCAUCACAUGCCAUAGGAAAUCAAGCUUUGACUAUUUUUGUUCGGUGGGACCAAUAGAUUACUUUUUGCACAUUUAACAGGUAAUUAUAAUAUGUGUUAUUCACAUCCAUUAGGUAUUGGCUGAAUUCACAUUAAGGCAAUUCCAUGAAAUAUGUACAUCUGGGCUCUGUCUUACAAAGAGUUACGAUUAAUCCGAUCAACCACAACUGUGGACGGCCAGCAACAUCAACAUAUAUUAUGCAUGUUUGUUCAAAAUAUUUUCUAGCUAUAAUGUAUAUUCAUGCAUUCAUUAUUUUCUUGAAAAUUCACUGCGUUUCACUUUGCAUAUAAAGGACAUUGUGCAAAUUUUCGUAGAAAAAAUUAUGACACUGAUGGAUUUCCAUAGAGUUACGAUUGAUCGGAUCAAUCGUAACUCUAGACGGGGUCCUGGGCUCCAUCUUACAAAGAGUUGCGAUUGAUCCGAUCAACCACAACUAUGGAUGGCCAGCAUCGUCAACAUCUAAAAUGCAUGUUUGAUCAAAAUAUUUUCUCGAUUUGAUUUAUAUUCAUACAUUCAUUGUUUUUUUUUUUUCAUUCAGUGUGCUCCUCUUUGUUUAUAAAGGACAUUCAGGACAUUUUUUGUAGAAAAAAUUAUGACAUUGAUGAUUUCCAUACGGUUGAGGUUGAUCGAAUCAAUCGUAACUCUGCGUAAGACGGGGCCCUGGCCUUUUACCUGUGGUCUUCUUGAAAUGAUUAUAUCAUAGCUCUUUAGUUCGAUGAAAAGUUCUAAUGCCUUCAAAUUAUGAUAGCUUGAUCAAUUUAUGAAGUGAAGCAACAGUGGAGAGAUUGGGGGAUGGAAGGACAAAUGGUCAAUUAUUUUAUGGCAUUGCCUACUAAGUCAAUUUCCAUUAGAUCAAUCCCCAUCCUUUCACUUAUAAAGGGUGUUGGUACACUAAAGCAGGGUCCUGUUGCUUUAAAAGUUUUAUUAUUGUAACUUUGACAUCCAAUGGAAACUUCAUUGAAAGCCUUGAUUUUGAUUGGCUGUUGAUCAGCGUUACCAUGGUAUUUACCAUUGGAUGGCAAAGUUACCAUAAUAGUAACUUUUCUGCAAUGGGGCCCUGGUCUACUAAUAUCCUGGUCUAAAUUUUCUUCAGGUGUUGGCAUGAUUGAUGCAUACAAUGAUUGGAGAAUAUUUCAGUGCACUUGAUGGUUAAUUUCCUUAUGGUACUUUAAAUACUACUAAUAGUAGGUAUUCAUAUAGCACCUUCUAUCAUGAAAUAAUCUAUUCCUUGGCACUCUCUAGUCAUUACUCUAGCUUUAGCUCGAGCUGCCUUCAAGAAUUCAGUGCAUUCUGGGAACUAAUCCUGCCAGAUUACUUCUACUUUCUAUUUCGUCUCAUCCCACCAGAUCUAAUCCUAGUGAGGUUUAUAUACAUGUACUAACUUUUUGGUCUAAUUGCAGUUUUGCCCAUUCAUCACUCUGUUGAAUUUCCAGCUGCACCCAAUUCCUUAGACCAAAAGCUUCAGUCUCUGUAUUUUGGUUGUUCCACUGAACUGCGUUGGCUCCACUCACCAAUACAUAUAGUAAAAUGUCAGAAAUUGUUAAAUAAAUCCCCAGAAACGACGGUUAUUCCUGUCUACCCUUUCCUCUAAUAUCUCCUUGAUCUAACACCACUUGCUAUAUGUAUGUGGUUAGAUGAACUGUUUAUAAACCAAAUUUUCAUGAGAAAAAGUGAAAAAUAAUAAGUAGACCGAGUGUAAAUGUGACCAACUUGGCAUUAGACUAAAUUAGGUGUAGAAGUGUUGUGGCUCAGUAGAUAAGUCUCUGAACUUUAACCACAAAGUCUGGGGUUCAAAUCCCACUGCAGCAUGCACUCAUGUCUUUUGGUGUUUAUCUACAUUUGCCUGGUGUAGUAAAUGGGUACCCGGUAGGAAGGAAUUCCUUCAAUGCUCGAGUGCCCGAUCAGGGUAGCCAUGCCAAAGUCGGGGUAAAAAUAUGCAGCGCUUAGAAACAUUGUAUUAAGUACCAUUUAAAUGUUGCAUAUAAAUAUUACUAUUAAAUUACUAUUGACGUAGGCGCGUCGUGGUCUAGUGGUCCUGACUCUCGCCUUUCAAACAGAGGGUCGUGGGUUCGAAUCCUAGACAUGGCAUGUUUUCCUUCAGCGAGAAAUUUAUCCACACUGUGCUGCACUCGACCCAAGUGAGGUGAAUGGGUACUUGGCAGAAUUAUUUCCUUGAAUUCACUGAGCGCUGGUGAUGGUAGCUCGAGCUAAAGCUGGGGUAAUAAUAGCAGCGCUUUGUAUCCUCAGGCAAAAAGCACUUUAUAAAUCCAGCUAUUGGAUAUAUGGAUAGAAACCUAAAAAAGGAGAUUUAAUCCCAUCUCCCUCUGCAAAUCAGAAUCAUUUUGAAAAAUUGAGUUUGGAUAUUUCAUGGAAUUAUUGACUGGGAUUAUGCACAAAAUAAAGGAAAUUUAAUAAUGAAAAGGUUUAAUCUGAUGUCCUGGUAUGUACAGGGUUUUUCUCUUACAAGAUAUUUUUUCUUGGUUUUUAUUUAAUAUUAUGGUCUUCAUGGUACUAUGAUAGUAUUAACUACAACAGUUGAAAGGAAACCCUUUUCAGAGAUAGUUAUCAGAGUGACGACAUAUAUAUGUAUUGAUUACGGGUAAGCUCUUGGUACUGAUAAUAGUAUGACUAAAAUUGCUUAUUUGUUUUGAGACCAAAUACUUAGUGAAUCAUUCAGGCAUAGUAGAUCACAAACUGUUGAGGCCAGUCAGUAUUACAGUUUCCGCAGACACUGACGUGUGAAUCUGUCACUGUAAUUUGUAUUCACAUUCAUGUAGAGAUUUACUGAAAGAAUUCUUACAAAGACUGUAAAAAUGAGUUGAAAUUUUGUCAUUUCUGUAUUGUACAAGGUAAUUGUACCCAUAAUGAAACUUGACCAAUUUGGGGGUGCACUCUUUUUUUUGACAUGGUAAAUUCAAACUCUUCUCGUUCAUCUAUGCAUGUACUUUUUCAUCUCGUCAUAGGUUUGAAUACGAGUAAGGGAAACUUUAUGAUAUAAAUGAUACAUUAAUCAUUUUGCCUACACUUGAGAAAAUAAUUGAGAAUGUUGGUUUCCUGUCUUAAUUACCAUAUGUUUGUACUUUAUUGCUUCAAAUAUGUGAGUUUUAGAUCAUUUUUUAAUGGAAUCAACAAUUUAUAGAUCAUUCUAUUGGGGGAAAAUGUAUAAUUUUUUCUAUUAAUAUUAUUGUAAAGAUAUUGAUAUGAUAGGCAGUAUGGGGUUAUUGUGUAUCUAGUUGGUGGAGUUUUAAUAUUUAUAGUUGAUUUGAUAAUUGUUUUGUGUUUCAUAAACCAAAUGUUUAAGGAGCACAAUAAAAUCAAAUUCUGAUGAAAUAAAGUUGA